UGCGAGUGUGAGGGAAGUGAAAGGAAUAGCGCUAAUCCGACCGACUCGAACUUGAGACGGGGUGCGACUUAAACGCGCGCGGGAGGGAGCCAUAUCUUCAUCAGAGAAAACAGAGAGAAAGCGACGAUUAUUUGCGGGAAGGCGCCGUGGAAUUGGAUCACCAGUGAAAUAGUGUUUUGAAAGAGGAGAAAGCCAUGGGAAAUGUUUCGAGUGUUCUUUGGUAUGUCAUGACGAUUCUCUGUGCUUGUGGUAGUUUGAUUUUUCUGUGGUAGUUCGACUCGGGAGAGACGGAAAAUAGAGAGUUUUCCUCUCGUUAGUGAGAAAUAGAGGUAUUUGAUAUUUCACUCAGAUAAAGUAGAAGAAACUCAAGUGGGUUCCAGCACUUUCAAGACACGGAAACUCAGCUGGAACGCCACUGGGAAAUUAUGCUCGAACGCAACAACAACAACGCCAUAAGAUGGUACCCUUCGCGCCCCGGCCACUAGCAUUGCCAUCAAGAUGGUCUCGACUUUUUACCAGGGCGGCGGGAACGUAACGAAGGACGAAGAUGCUUCUGGAGGAGGCGACGACGAAGGUGCUGGCGCCUCCUCUUCCUCCAACCCCUCCGGAGGGCCAGGGCAGCCACAGGGCCUGGACGCGGAUCUGACGGCGCUCGCAGGACGCGACGUGAACGUCCAGGCGGCGCUGAUGGGGAUGAAGGAGAUCAUAUACACCUCUCUGGUGCCCCCUGACGCCACGGCGUCCUUCGCUUACACAGCCUCGCCCAACGACACCUUCGGCCCGACGCUGGUCGUGGGUGACGGAGGCGCCGUAGGAGGGGUUGAGGAGGAUUGGGUCGUGGGCGUGAAUUUGGGCGUGGAACCUGCUUGGGUGGCCAUACUUGUGCUGGUCCUGAAGGGGCUGGUUAUGUUCGCUGUCAUAGUCGCUUCCGUCCUCGGGAAUCUGCUGGUUAUCGUCUCUGUCGCCAGGUACCACAAACUGCGAGUGAUCACCAACUACUUCGUGGUGUCGAUGGCGCUGGCCGACAUGUUGGUAGCGCUGAUGGCUAUGGUCUUCAACGCAUCUGUACAGCUGACCAACACCUGGCUCUUCGGCCCGCUCAUGUGCGACCUGUGGAACUCCAUGGAUGUCUACUUCUCCACGGUUUCUAUUCUACACCUGUGUUGCAUAUCCAUAGACAGGUACACGGCCAUAGUGCAGCCACUGGACUACACGCUGAGGAUGACAGUCAGCACUGUCACUCUCAUGUUAGCCAUAGCCUGGAUAUCGCCAGUGUUCAUUUCCGUCCUCCCCAUUUUCCUUGGAUGGUACACAACGCAGAAACAGCUGGACCUCAUGGCGUCGACGCCGGGCCUGUGCGAGUUCAAGGUGAACUUGGCGUAUGCCCUGGUCUCGUCCAGCAUGUCCUUCUGGAUUCCAGGAAUCAUCAUGCUCGUCAUGUACUUCAGAAUCUACAGAGAGGCUGAUCGCCAGGAGAUGAUGGUAUUCAGGUCGACAGUGGCCGCCCUUCUCCUCAACAAACAUCUUCACAUCAACGGCAUGACGAGGGGCAGCGUCAAGAUCACCGACGAUGCCCCCAGCAACGCCAGCCGGGGACACAGCGGCGGGGGCGGGGGCGUAGGCGGUGGCGUGGCCGUAUGUGGUGGGGGUCCCACCAAGGAUGCGACCACCAACGGCACCACCACCAGUUUCGACAACCUCAACAUUACCGAGUCCUGCCUCGACCAACCUCCUGAAGGAGUCGCUGGAGGUGUAGGAGGAGUAGGGGUAGGAGGAGGAGGAGGAGGAGGAGGAGGGGGAGGGAGGGCCAUGGACAUCCCGAACAGCGACGAGUCGACGCCCACGCCCUCGCCGGGGAGCACGCCCAUCGGGAAGCACGGCAAGAGCGCCAUGGGCGUGAAAAGGCGGUUUCUCGGAGUGGGCGUGAGGAAGAGUUCCGCGGGCGUGGGGCCAGACGCCAUCAUGAGCGUCAGCGAGGUGGGUGAGGCGAAGAAGAAGCAGUCUUCGCUUCACAAGAUGAAGAGGGAGAGAAAGGCUGCCAAGACCUUGGGAAUCAUCGUUUCCGUGUUCCUCUUAUGUUGGCUGCCCUUUUUCACUUGGUACCUGGUGUCUGCCUUGUGUGGGGACGCAUGCGCUGUGCCCGAUACCCUGGUCACUAUCCUCUUCUGGAUAGGAUACUUCAACUCGACCCUGAACCCGGUCAUCUACGCCUACUUCAACCGCGACUUCAGGAAAGCCUUCCGGAAGACUCUCAAGCACUACGGCCUGGACUGCGCCCGCUGCAGGAAGUGUUCCAGAGGGUGCUGCGGCCAGGGGCGUCGUCUGGUGCGGUGCGUGGGCGGCGGCCAUGACACGCCCUCGUCAGAAAUCCAGCCCAGGUCGGCUCUGAGCUCCGAGUACUGUCACAUCGAGAUGACCACCGUCGAUAAGGUGGCCAGGAUUGGCACCGAUCGUUAGGUGGCCUUUUUUUUUUUUUUUUUUUUUUUUUUUUUUUUUUUGAAUAAAGUCGUUUUCGAUCCUGAAGGUUGUGGACGUUUGAGUGGAAUAGGUAAAUAAAGUAGCAAAUCAGUUCAAAACAGAAAGAAAACCGGUAAAAUAGGAGAUAAGUUAAAAACAAUACAAAAAACAGUCAAUGGACAGAUGGUAAAAUGUUAUACAUGAUGUUAUUUUUUUAUUUUAUUUUUUUUUUUUU